GCCAAAUAUGACAUCAAGGUCAUGCGAUAAGAUGUUUACUGGAGUACACGUGUUACUAUGCCUAUCAUCUUUACUUCCCACAUUCGCUUUCUCAGCAGAAUUGAAGGCUGUAACUUUUAAAGAUGCACUUAACAUUGAUACUUCUGAGUAUCCAGAAGGAUCGAAUACAGCUCUACUAUUCACGAUCCCAGAUCGCUGUCAUGAUUGCCAUUUGUACAAAAAAUUAAUGGAUGAUAUUGCAUCAGAUGCUCUUUUUAAUGGUGAUAUUUUUUACUUGAAUCAUUCAACUGUCCCUUGGAUUGAAAAACUGCCUGCACCUGCAAUUCUUUUUCUAAAUUCCGAGCGAAAAAUUCCUUAUUUCGGUCCACUUCAUCGUACUCAUCUAGUUAAUGCUAUGCAUCAGUUUACUACAAGUGUUCAAGCAGCUCGACUAGAUGAUUCUAAUUUUGAGCAUGAUACUCAAGCUUCUACAGGUUCAACAACUGGCAAUUGGAUUGUGAUUUUCGAUGAAAUUACGCCAGAAACCUUAAAAAUAUACGAUGGAUUGUCGUUAACCCUUGGUCCAAAACAUGUAAAUAUAGGAGUUCUUGAUCCUAGUCAUUCGACGCGUACUGCUAAGCGUUUCAAUAUUAACAUUCCAUCGGCUUUUACAGAUAGCAAUCCUCUUGUUUCAGCAAUAUUGUUAAAAGGUUCCUUCAUGUAUCGAUAUUCUAAAAAGUUACACAGGAUGGAUUAUGAAAAGAUUAUUCAGUUUGCAGUUACUGAUUAUGCACUUCAUACGAAAGCUUCAAUCCCGCGUCCACGUAUGCUAUUUGAUGAAAUAGUCGAUGGUCUUGUUGCGUACACCUUGAAUUUACAAGGUGAAUUUGGUAAACCUGUUGUCCUAAUGUUUGGAGUGAUAGCGUUGUUCAGUUUCCUAAUAAUUAUUGGUCUUAUACUAGUCACAGGAUUUUGGCUAGCUGGAUCUUUUGAACACGGAAGUAGAGAGCAUACUACAGGGACAACAGCAGCAGCAACAACAACAACAUCCGUAGUACCGCAUGAAGCUGGUGAUGACAAUAAACCGAAGCCAGUUAAAAAACCGAAAGAUGAAUAAUUAUAAAAAAAAACAGAACGAAAGUUCUUUUAUUUUUUUUGUGUGUGUGUAUGAAACAAAAGAUUCUCAGUUGUAAAUUCUCUGUGCGCGUUCUUUAUGAAUUGAUAUUAUUAUAUUUUAACCUAACAAGAAAUAAUCUCAUAAACUUUGAAUUGCUGUGUACAUUUUUAUGCCUUUUUGUGUUACUAUAAAUAACUACAACUUUUCGUAUGGUUGUUUUGUUUUUAUUGUUCAAAAC